CAAAACACUGCCACCGCCUCCUCCUUCCGCCAGGCUCUGCUGCUGCUGCCCAAACACCGCCGGAGCCUGCUGCCGGCUCAUCUCCUGCUUCUUAUCGCCGCCGUUUUCUGUGGGUGGCUCUUCAUUCCUCCUUCCCUCUUCUCGCUCUUCUCUUCCUUCUCUUUCCUCUCGUUCUUCUCUUUCCUCUCUUUCCUCUCUUUUUUCUUCUUCUUCUCCCAUCCUCCUUCCAUACUCAGAUACCUUUCUUUUUAUCCUUGUAUUUCCCUUUAUAUCCCUUUUCUCACCUCCACUGCAUCUUUCUCUUUUGGCUGGCUUUUUAGUGUGUUGAUUCUCUUUUUCUCUGCUUCUCUAAUCUACUUCUCUGCUCUUCUUCUUAGUUAUUUAUAGCUCGAAUGAAGAUUCUUCCAAAUAAUGUCCAGCAUACUUAAUAACAAUCAAUUACCAUCUCUACAGAAGGCCUAUUUCUCUAAUUCAAUGUCUCACAAUAAUCUAAAUAGCAAUAUGCCCAUCAAUAACAUGAACAGCAUGAACAACAUGAACAAUAUCAACAAUAUGAAUAACAUAAACAAUAUCAACAAUAUCAACAGUAUAAAUAAUAUUAAUAAUAUCCAAUCAAUAACAAGAUCGGUUUCUUCUUCAAAUAACCGUAAUCAUCUCAAUCCAAUCAAUCAGCCCAACUCUAUCAAUCGUCCUCCCAACCAACAUCACAUUAAUCACAAUAAUACCAUCAAUAAUCCUAUUAAUAACAACACCAAUAACAAUAACAAUAACCAUAUCCAACUUCGUCAUCACAAUACCCUUCCAAAUAGCAUCAAUUAUUACCCUAACAACAAUAUUAAUAGAAAUAAUACAAUUAGAAACUCUCCUUCAUCCCAUAGUAAUAGGAUACCUCCAAUCUCAAAUCCCAAUCAGAACAAUCCUUUGCCAAAGAUACAAAAAAUUCCACCCUCAAAUAGCACAGCAAAUAUAUCAACCUCUCAUAUCCAUAACCAUAAUUAUACCCAUACCCAAAAUCAAAAUCAAAGCCAAAGCCAAAAUCAAAAUCAAAACCACAAUCACAAUCACAAUCACAAUCACAAUCCUAUUACCACUUUUAGGAAAAAAUCAAAACCAAAGUCUAAUCCUGCAAACAACCCCAACCCCACCUCAAAUCCUACUCCAAUUACAACCUCCACCUCCAAUUCAAAUCCCAAAUCUAUUUCUGCUUCUACUACAAAUAAUGAACCAAGAAAAUCUUUUCACAAUUCAAAGCAAAAACAAAAAUGGACUGAUCUAAUCCCUCCAAUGCCCCAAAUCCAACAAAAGCAACAAAACAUAACGAGAAAUUCAAUCCAAAAUUCUUCUUCUUACAAUAAUAAUCUAAACUCACUAUCAACUUCUCACGAUAACAAUAACAACAAUAACAACAACGAUGAUGAUCUAUUAAAUUUGAACAGCACCGCUAAUGAUACUACCCAAAUUCCUUCUCAAAUAAAUAAACAAAGAAAACAACUAAAAAUUUGUGCAAAUUGUGGUCAACCAAUUCACGAUCAAUUCGUUAAAGCUUUGGGUAAAGCUUACCACAUGAACUGUUUUGUCUGCUCAGACUGUAACACUCCUUGCUCUUCAAAAUUCUUCCCCAUGGAUAUCAAAAACGAAAAAACUGGCAUCAUCAUUCAAAUCCCCCUAUGUGAAAACGACUACUUCAAAAGACUAGACCUAAUCUGCUUCAACUGUAAUCAAGCUUUAAAGGGCUCCUAUAUAACCGCUUUAAAUCAUAAAUAUCAUCUACAUCAUUUCACCUGUGAUAUUUGUAAUAAAGUCUUUGAAUCAAAUGAAAACUUUUACGAACACAACGAUAAAAUUUACUGCCACUAUCACUACUCAACUAAAUUUGCCUCCCAAUGCGAAGGCUGUAAUUCUUCUAUCUUGAAACAAUUCAUCCAUAUCUUAAGAGGUGGUAAAAAUCAACAAUGGCAUCCUGAAUGUUACAUGAUCCACAAAUUUUGGAAUGUAUCAAUCUUAGCCAAUUCCAUCCACAUCCCUUCACAAUCAAUUCAAAAUAAACUAAUUCAAUCAAACUACGAUUUAUCCAACACAUACUCCUCUUUAAAUCAACAAGAACUAUUUGAAAUCGAAACAAUUAUGGAAAGUACUGUAUCAAAAAUUUGGCAAAUCCUAUCCAAUUUCGAAGAAGCAACUGCUCCUUGUAUCUCUGAUAUGUUACAAUAUGCUUCAAAUUCAAAAAAAUUACAAGGCUUAAACUCAGCUGCUAUCCUUGUUUUGAAAAUUGAAAAACUAUUUAAAGCAAUUGAUAUCAUCCAUUCUUUAAAUUCAAAAUAUUUAAUUAAUAAUCAAAAUCCAACCAUUAAGUUAUCUAGUGCCAACAAUAGCCCAAAAUUAAAUAAACUCACUGAAUCUACAAAUCAAAAUCAAAAUCAAAAUCAAAAUCAAAAUCAAAAUCAAAAUCAAAAUCAAAGUCCAAAUCAAAGUCCAAAAAUUCUUCAAUCUCCAAUCUCCAAUACAGUUUCAACACCACCUCCUAAUAAUAAUAACACAUCACCUCCUAAUAAUAAUAAUAAUAAUAAUAAUAAUAAUAAUAAUAAUAAUAAUAAUAACAACAACAACAACAAUAGUGAUAAUACCAAUAUUAAUACCAAUAAUUAUAGAAAUCCAAAUCGAUUGGUAGUCAAGAAGAAACCUUUAACGCUAAAUAGAGAACCUCGUAAUUUAACUGAAAAAUUAAUGUCUUAUUUGGGUCUAUUAACCAAAAAAUCAAGAAAUCAAACUGAUCCAAAACAAUUUUCAAAAGAUUUGUUAUCAUUAGUAACUGGCUUGGCUCAUUACUUAAAAUUAAUCUUACGUUAUGGUAUUCAAUCAGCAAUUGAGUUGAACAGAUUCCUUCAUUCAUCUGAGGCAACAGAUAAGUUCUUAAGAGAAGUAAGUGCUCAUGAUGAUAUUCACUCAGGAUCCGCUUGCUCUCAUUUGGUUACUACUAUAAAAUCAACUGAUUCUUGCUUUUUUUGUUUAAAAAGUAUUGAAGAUGCAUGUAUUCAACUCAAAAAAGCAAACUUAAGAUGGCACUACAAAUGUUUUCAUUGUUAUAAGUGUCAAAAGACUUAUGUUGAUACUCAUGAAAUUAUGAAUAACUUUUUAUUCAACUGUUCAAAUAAAUCAGUUGUGUGUCAGGAUUGUAAUGCAGCUGCAAUCUCAAAUCCAAUAGAUAAUCAAAAUGAAAAUGAAAAUGGAAAUGAGAUUGAAAAUCCAAAUCAACCCAGAAUAAUAAGUGGCUUUACUCUUGUUUCUAAUUUAUCUCAAUUAAUUUAUAUUUUAUCCAUUGCUUUAACCCGUUCUAAUUUCUUUAUACUGGCAAGAAUGAGCAAACAAACUUCAAACAAUACAAAUCCAAAUGAAAACAAUUCUAAUAAAGCUAAUAAUACUGAUACUCUAACCCAAUUUGAAAACCAAGUUCAAAAUCAAAGCCAAGACCCUAAUUACAUGAGGAAUUUGAGUGAAGUUAAAAGAUUAAAUUCAAAGAGACAAACCAAUAGACUUUCAAGCUCUGUUCAGGGAAGUAUCAGAAGAUCGAGAAUAGUUGACUUGCCACAAGCCAUUAAGGCCGGUUUAGGAAACGAAUCUGAUCAACUAAAUAACAAUCUCGACCAAACUUUAAUCAGAAAUAGGACAUUAAGAAUUGAAGAUGAACCAUUUGAUGGACCUUCAAAUGUUGGAGAUAGUAAUUUAGAUAAAACUUAUGAUUUGUUAAAGAAUGAAAAAUCUUUAAGAUUGGAUGAUAUUCCUAGAAUUGUUGCCGCCGAGCAAACAAGAGAGCAAAGACCCAACGCUUUCAGACAUCAUAAAACUACAGGUUCUUCACUACCUAUGGCCAAAAACAUCAUGUCGGUUGCUAGAAAUCAAGGCAACUCGGGCAAAAAUGACAGCAAACAUAACUCUUUACUACCAAGAGGUAAAUAUUACUCUGAGCUUACUUCUGAAGAAUACUUCAUAUUGAGACACAUUUCUGUGAUAGUACUAUACAAUUCAAUGGCUAGAUAUGGUAAAAACUCUGAUGGGUUGACAAAAGAACAGAUAUUAGAAAAAAUUCCAUUAAGAAAACCUCAAUCUUUCUGGGGCAAGUUGAAAGGUGGUGGAAAUAAGAAAACAAAAAAUUUGAAGAUCUUUGGUGAAUAUUUGGAAGAUUUAACUGAAAGAUUUGGUGUUGAUUCUCAACAAGGUGUUGGACCUGAAAAAUUGCACAUUCCAGUAUUCAUUGACGAUUGUGUAACAGCGCUACAUCAAAUGGAUAUGUCUAUUGAGGGUAUAUUCAGGAAAAAUGGUAAUAUCAAAAGAUUGAGAGAAUUGACAGAAAUGGUUGAUAAAGAUCCUGAUAGAAUGCCAGAUUUCAAUAAUGAAAAUCCUGUACAAUUAGCUGCGUUGAUGAAGAAGUUUCUUCGUGAAAUGCCAGAUCCACUAUUGACUUUCAAAUUAUAUGAUAUUUGGAUUUUAUCCCAGAGAUUUGACAACCAUUUUUUGAAGAAAAAAAUUUUGAAGUUAGUAUAUUGCAUGCUACCUCAAUGUUACAGAGAUGUUGUUGAGGUUUUAAUGUUUUUCUGGAGUUGGGUUGCUUCUUUUGCUCAUAUUGAUGAAGAAACAGGGUCCAAGAUGGAUGCCCAUAACCUAGCAACGGUUUUAGCGCCCAACAUUUUGUAUGACAAACCUUCAACUGUUCCAAAGGUAAGCUCAGGAAAUAUUUUAGCAGAUAAUGCAGAAGCUGGAGAUGCUUACUUUUUAGCCAUUGAAGUUAUCAAUGUGCUUAUUGAAUCACAGGACGAAUUUUGCACAGUUCCUCCCUAUUUGAUGGAGAUUUACAGAAGAUGUGGGUUUGAAAACUUCAAAGAAGUUAAAGGCAACAAUCAGCAAGAAUUGUAUUCUAAAGACAUUGUCAUGCAAGUGGAAAAAGUAAUUAAAGAGAAUCCUAACAUAUUAGAGACUACUUUAUUUGAUGAUAAUAAUGAUGAUGACUAUGUCAUAGACUGUACUGAUAUAACCGGAGACAGUAGUUCUAAAGGAGGGCUCAGUCAUUCAACUACAAUUGUGAAAAAGAUUGACAUUCAAGGCUCGCCAGGCGCUAUUAGAGGUGAAACCAUAAAUCUAAGAAUGUAAUUUAAUAUAAAAGUAUACAGCCAGGACAAAAAAAAAAUCAGGAACAAGAAAAGAAACCAAAAAAAUUCAUAAAAGCCAAAAUACAUAAGCGCUGAUGUAACAAAAGUUUUAAUUUUUUAUUUUGUUGAUGGACAGUUUUGAG